AACAAUCUGAACUCCUGGUAUGAAGGAGAACAGAAAUGAUGGCCUUCAUCACUAUGAAAGUUUCCCAUCUCUGAUUUAUAGGAGCAAAUAUAACACACACAAAUAUUCAUUAUAAACAGCACAGAGAUCCUCCUGUUUUUCUCUUUUCUAUCUAUUUAUCUGUCUGUCUGUCUGUCUGUCUGUCUGCUUAUCUCUCUCUCUCUUUCUCUCAUAGAACAGUACCCCACUAUCUGGAGUGUAAUUGUCCAUGUUGUCCAGCAGAGGGCGCUCACGACACCACCACUUCCCCCUCCUCUUGGCGCAGUAAACAACGCACAUGUGACCUGGAUCACGUGACCACUCGCUGUCCUGUGUAUAUCAGUGCUGUAGUGCACUAGUUAGGGCGCAGAGCUGCGGGAUUUUAAUACGGUGCGGUGGGACCGCUGGAUGUAGUAGUGCGCAGGGGCCGCGAUUUGGCAUUCGGCCCGCGUCUGUAGUCUGUGAGAGCGUAGAUCCGCUGUGAUCGGGGGCAGAGGCGCGGUGCGGAUCCACACAAAGCCGUGAGAGAGACACCGAAACUCAGAGAGGAAAAUGGCGAGCGGGGGGGAGGCCGCGCGCCCGUACGUCCAAUCCUCCUCCUCGUCCCAGUCCGCCGCUGGUCCGCUGGGGCUCGAGGCGCUGUUCCCGGCCGCGUGCUCGGAGCGCACUGACAGUCCUGAGCUCCUGCGGCUCCGGCGGCGGCUGCAGCGCUGGCUCGCGCCCCAAGAGCGCGCGCUCCUGUGCGCGCAGAGGCUCCUGGUGUGGGAGAGGCCCGUGCACAGCGCCGCGGCUGCGCUCGCGCUCAACACCGCCUUCUGGUUGUUGUCGUCUACUACGUUGCGUCCUCUGUUCCUCGUAGGAGUGUCUCUACUCGCCUUCUCCCUGUUGGAUCGAUGGAAGGACAAGCGUCCUCAGAUCACUCCUCCUCACGCAGCGCUCCAGGCAGAGGCUUCCGGGAUGGAACGAGAGAGCAUGAGCGUCCACCCGAGGCUGCUGAGCGUCGCCGAGCUGAGCCACCACCUCGCCGAGAGCUACCUGACCUGCAGCCUGUACGUCCAGGAGAUGCUCCAGUACAAACGCCAGAAUCACGGCAAGUUCUGUGUGAUGACGUGCUCUGGAUGUCUGCUGCUGGCCGUGGUCGGACACUACAUACCGGGCGUCAUGAUCUCCUACAUCGUCUUGCUAAGCGUCUUGCUCUGGCCUCUGGUUGUGUACCAUGAGCUGAUCCAGAAGAUGUACACGGGUUUGGAGCCCAUCCUGAUGAAGCUGGACUACAGCAUGAAGGGAGACACGCAGCACCGCAAACACGACAAGAGAAAGGUGAAGAAGGAGCAGGAAGAAGGAGAUGAGCCGAGGGCAGAGACGGAAAGUGAGAGCGAGGAGGAGCUCUCCUGCUUCGCCCCCACUGUGGAUGUGAAGACCACGGCGUUGGCAAUGGCCAUCACGGACUCUGAGCUCUCCGACGAGGAAGCGUCCAUCCUCGAAAGCGGGGGAUUCUCGGUGUCGAGAGCCACCACGCCACAACUCACGGACGUUUCAGAAGAUUUGGACCAGCAGAGCGUGCACAGCGAACCUGAGGAAAGCUUCUCGAAGGAUCUCCCAGAAUUCCCCUCGGUGGAGGAGUUCCCCUCCGUCGAACACGGACUGUUUCACUUUCCUCUGGGUGGCCAAGAGGAGUCUCAGAGCCCGGCCAGUUUGCUGAUCCAGCACCUUGCCUCUCCGCUGCACUUCGUCAACACGCACUUCAACGGACAAGGACAAGGCCGCGGUGCGCAGAGCGACCCGGGGGUGUCCCCUCGCACCCUGGAGGCCCUCAGCGAGGAGAUCGUGAGCACCGCCAUCUCCACCGUGGUGCAGAACACCCUCUCGGCCCUGCUCAGCUCCUCGGAGAAAGCCGAGGCGCCCGGGGUCGCCGAGUUCCUCCCUUCUGAGACGCCGCCGUGUCCUACAGAGUCACCCCUCGAGGAAGCGGACCGAACCGGCGAGGACACGACGCAAGUUCCCCCAGAGGACGAGGACUUCGAGCUUCUGGACCAAAGCGAACUGGAGCACAUGGACGAAGGGCUCGGGUUAGGGUUGGAAGGACAGGCGGCAGACGCGGCGUCUAGCGACCAGCACACGCGCGAAUCCUAGCCUGUUCCGUUUCCACGUACCGAACUGCCCCGUUUAUUUAUAGUGUAGAUACGUUCCACACGUCGCAGGCUCCCUGUAAUCAGACGCGCCGACAGAUUUCACGGUCUGGAAUUAGAUUUUCGUGUGCAAAACAAGAACCCUGAGCGACAGGAGGUUUUGUCACCCCUUAUAGAAAUAUAUGGAUGAUCGUGAGGCUCAGUGCUUUCAGGAAGAAUAUAUUCCUUACAGGUGUCACGUGAGGGGAAAUAAACAAUUCAAUUUAAACGUUGGGCCGAUUUCUCGCCGUCGUCGCUCAUAGCGGAAGGUAUUUUAAUCGCAGAGUUUCGAGUCGAGAGGAAAGACGAGUUUUAGUCGAAAGAGAACGAUGCGGCAGCGCUUUAGUCUUGCUCCAGCUUUCACUUUAUUUUGGAAAGAUCACGCUUAUACUUUACUACGUAGCUGAGCCCGAUACGAGUCUCACGUUCACCCAGCUGUACUUUUCUCACCCAAAGUGUAACAAAAGAAGCGGUGGCGUUUUCCUUUCAAGCGUCAGGGUUACAGAUGUAAUGUGACCAAUUUAUACAUUUUACUGAACCUCUGGUGUGAAAAAAACUAUUUAAAAAAAAAAAAAAAAAAAAAGGCACCAGACUCGCUUACACACGUGACAAAAAAAACAUCUCAACACGUAUCCGGGUGGAGUUCCUCUCGAACUCGAUAUAAAAAUACCUCUUCAUUAUGAUAUCCUGCUUACUGAAACGAGUCUUUUUGAGGAAAAAAAUCUCUUUCUUUUCAGACUCGCAUUACGCUUUAAAGAAAAGGUUUUCGUCUCUGCGAUGAUGAAGAUGGUGAAAUCGACACCAGGCAGGAUUUUCUCCGAACCUGUAGAUCGUAUACUUUUUCAGUUCUUGAGAAAUCCUCAAAAAAAUCGAAAUAUAUAUAUAAAAAGCAGGUCGUAACCCCUCGUGAGCAUUAAACAUUUAUACUGCUGUAUAAAAAAAGCAGCAUAACGACGUUUUAUUAGCGUAGAUUCACAGAUCCGUACCCGAGAGACCUCAGCACUUAAAGAUGAUACUAGUGUAACAUAAAAAGAGAUGUUUUAUCGUUCGGUUGAUUAUAUUAAUAUAUACAUACAUAUACAUACACACACAUAUAUAAAAUAAAUAAAUGAUAUAUAGAGUGUGUUUGUCUGUCUUCAUUGGGUCUAGGGGAAAUGUUUAUUUCUUGAUGUAAUACUGUACUGAUGUAUGCCUUGCUCAGUUUGCAUUAUUUGAUUUCUGCAGGAUGUUGUGUUCUAUUAAAAACCAGUUUUGGCAUCUUG